CGUGUGGGAGCAACAAUCACAUCCAAGAUGGAGACCGUAAACGCUGGACAAAUGAUGAGCUUAGCAGCUCUACAGAGACAGGACCCGUACAUAAACAAACUGCUGGAUGUUACCGGACAGGUGGCUCUCUACAACUUCAACUCCAAAGCCAACGAAUGGGAGAAGACCGAAAUCGAAGGCACCCUGUUUGUUUAUGCAAGGUCUGCCACGCCUCACCAUGGCUUCACCAUCAUGAACCGACUGAGCACAGAGAACCUGGUGGAGCCGAUCAACAAAGACCUGGAGUUCCAGCUGCAGGAUCCCUUUCUGCUCUAUAGGAAUGGCAACUUGGGGAUCUACAGUAUUUGGUUUUAUGACAAGAGGGACUGUCAACGCAUCGCCCAGUUAAUGGUCAAGAUUGUGAAACAGGAGGCGGAACACGCCCGGAGAGAGUCUCCAGAGAGGGCCGCGUCGGGGAGGAGCAACGGGGUCGCAGAGCCGCGGCCCAUCGACAUCCUGGAGUUGCUCAGCAAAGCCAAGGAGGAGUACCAGAGAGCUCAGGUGGGUGAAACCGAUGCGUCUGCAGAGCUCAACCUGAAAACAACUUUCACCGCCACAGAGCAGAGCACACCGAAGGCUGAGAAGAGCUCUCAUACGAUGGUGAAGCAGAUCACAGUUGAGGAGCUCUUUGGCUCGUCCCUCCCUAAGGGCCCCUCUCUACCCAUAAUGCCCACACAGAACUCCAGCAUUGCUUCUAGUGACCUCUCCACUGCCUACCUCCAGAACCAGCCUUACCCCACUCCAGCCCUCCAGACCCCGCUCUUCCCUCCCCAUCACUCAUCCCAGGACCCUGCGUCAGGUCAGCAGCACCAGGUCCCCGGCCUGCUCCCAGCUCCGUACGCACUGCAGCCCGGCUCUGUUUUCCAGUCGGCGGUCCCCAGGUCGGACCCCCAGCCGCGGUGCUCAGUGUCCCCCCUCAUGGUGGUUCCAGCCGGCCCAGAGCCUCACGCUGCACCAUCAGCACCUCCUACGGCGUAUUUGGGACAAGACAUGCUCGCCACCCUCAAAGCGGCAGUACCCUCGGUGAAUCAUGACAUCCACAAACACAUCCUGGCACCCAACUUCCUGCCAAACAGGCUGUUCACCCCCCACAGCUUCCAGGAGCCCGCGGUGAGACCCUCCCUCCAGCACAGCAAGGAGAUGGAUGUCUUCUCUCAGCCUCCAAACCUGAUCAAACCCAUGUCGGCUGUCCCCAUGAGUCCUGGUUUCGCUGUUCCAGGGCCAGCCUUUUCUUUGCUUCUCUCCCCCAGCGCCUUCCAGCAGUCCUUCAGUCAGACGUCAGCAGCAUCAGCGGCCCCCCCUGCCCCCUCCGAGCCCUCCUACCCGUCCUCAGGAGCUUUAGAGCCUCCACAGGCAGCCUGCAGCAAAACACAGCUACAGGACACUCUGAUACACCUCAUCAAGAGCGACCCAGACUUCCUCAGUGCGAUUCAUGAUGCGUACCUGCAGAGUGUGUCCAAGGACUUCAGCAACAUGAAGCUAUAGUCUCCUCAGCCAUCACCACUGUCCCUCUCACAGACCUUGAGGAAUCCACGAUUAAACGGGAGCUAAAGGAAGAGAAGCUAACGGGUUGUCCACACACUGCACAUCGCACAGCGGCCAUUAAGCCCUCUGCUCCUGACUCUGAACUCUGAUGCUUUCCCCCGUUGGCUUGGAUCAGUUUACUGCCUGUUUAUUAAAACUGAACUAAUGUGGAAGAUAACGUUGAGAUAUAACGUCCCAGUGUGGCCUUGACUUUUCAUUUCAACUUUGUAAAUGUGAUCCAACAGUCGACCACUGACUGGUGAAGUGAAGCUGCGGACGGGACCACAGUGGAGCGAACCAUUUUUAAUUUGACCUUGGGAAGGAUGAUUUGGCAGCUUGAACAUUAUGGGGAUCACAGACAAACUGUCCCACUGUGGCGUUUAAAAGGACGACUCUUUGUCCCUUAUUGAACUUUCUCCUUCAGAGUAAUGCGGACAUCUCCUUUACUGUGGCAAUGUGUCUUUGUCAGUGUUUCAUAAAAAGAAGGAGAUUGUAGAGGAAUAUUAUUUUUCAACCAUGGUCCGAGGAAGAUAAAAAAAAAAAAAUGUUUUUGUCUGGAGAAGCACUUUCUGCUCAAUCUCAUAUUCAGUUCCUCUGAAAGACAAAGAGACUAACGCACAAACCAGCUUCUUUGCUGCCUUUCCUUUCUCCACAUGUCCCCAUUCCUUGCUCUUUCUCCUUGUCUCUCCUCCACCCUCUGAGCUCAGUGCGUCAUGUCUCGGAGGGGAGCGUGCAAUAAACGAUGCCUUUAGGGAAACCAGCAUUUGGGGAUACUUUAGCAAGGUACGGUAGAGCUCAAUGUAUCUGAACCUCUGGGUUCUGGUUGCGCAACAACUUAAAUAUGAGGAAACAUUUGCAAUUGGUUUAUGAAUAUUGUUUGCAUUCACACCUUAAUAUUGAAUUGCCUAAAAAAAAUAGAAGGCUGAUAUGCUUCUGAUAGCUUCAGUAUGAUUCAACCAGUUUCUACUAAUAAUCCAAGAAUUAUAUAAUCAUUCCUGUUUCGAGAUUUAUUUUUCGAGAGCGCAGUUACUUCACAAAGACUUGAAGACAAAAAUAUUAGUGGUAACAUGUAAUUUUUUUUGCAGUAUAAUGCUACUGCAGCACAGAAACUUAGGCCCUACAGAUGCAGAGGGAACAGGAAGUUGAGUGGUUUUUGAACAAAGAAAGCUUAAACUAUACAUCAGAAAAAUCAGCUCAAAGAUUAAGAGGAAAAUGUUUUGUGUGACUUGUGGGCAUUUUUUAACAGAUCACUAACAGGUUUCCUUUUCCAUGUUGUUUAAUAUUCAGCAUGAACAAGACCAUUAAACAGUCGGUAAAAGCACGAAUAUUUAAGUUAUCAGCUACCUUUUUAAAUGUUUGAUGUCAGUAGUCAUGUUACUGUUCAGAGGUCUAUAUUAAAGUAGCAAUCAAUAUAAAAAUUCACUCCAGAAACUUUAGUAGUAGAAAUGUUUCUUUUUUUGUGUGCUGCAAAACAUUUUUUGCUAAGGCUCUUUUUCAUGUGAGCAACAUUUGAAAAAGACCUAUAAGGGAGUCAGAUUAAAUUCUGCUGAAUACCCGUUUUGAUGACUCCACAACAUUGCAUUUGGACUGCUAUUUGAAUGUAUUUUUGAUUAAUCACAGUAUGUUUGUGCCUGUCUUGUUUUCCUCUGUUCUGAAUAUUUAGGUUGACCGCUACAUGAUUUCAGUGCCAGCUGUUAACCACGUGUUCUUUUUUUUGCAAAUCAAGACUCAAAGUACGAGGGCGCUAAAUCAAAUAAUGUGAAUACUUAUUUGCCCUGUUACCAUUUUCAUUUCAGAAGAAAUCUUGCCAACACGUCUGGCAUUUGUUGGGUAAAUAAACGUGCACAGGACGAAUGAUUGAAAUGUAGAUUUUUUUUUAAUCCCGGUCAGAUAUUUAAGAUUUUAAGUUUAUUUUACGCUUUGCUAUAGUUUCUUAUUGGCCAGAUAUAUGACUUUGGGAAAGUCUUUGCAAAUUAUAUACAUUUUUCCAAGAGUGUUGCAACUGUAUAUCAUUUUGACUAUUUUGUGAUAAUAAAGAACUGAAAAUAUA